AUGACAGCAGAUACAUUACUAUUAUCAUCAACAGCAUCAACUUCUUUGUCUCCUGUGAAUAGUGCACAAACUUCGAAUUCUUCCCUAACUAAAAAAUCACCAAGGGAAGCCCAUCUCUUCAUCCUGCUCCAUGGUCUUUGGGGCUCUUACAAGCACAUGGAAUCGAUGAAAGCUACAUUAAGACAUAAACUAAGAGAUACUCAGGAUACUUUACCCAUAAUAUACUACUCUCCGAAGGAAAAUGCUCUCUUCAAGACAUUCGACGGUAUCGAAGUCGUUGGAUACAGAACUUUGUUUGAAAUUAUUAGUUUUAUUAAAUUCCACCCUGAAUUUAAAUUUACCAAAUUAAGCGUGUGUGGGUACUCAAUGGGUGGCCUUGUAGCGAGGUUUCUUAUAGGGACCAUUUUUGGUGAUGAUCCAAUGGAUAAAGAGUUAUUGAGUGUCUUUGGUGAAAUGGUUCCUCAAUUGUUUGUCACUUUUGCUACUCCACAUUUGGGAGUACGAUUUUAUAAUCCUUUGAGUAAUAAAUUGAGAUGGAUACUGGACCCACUUUUGACUGUGUUGGGAUCAUCUUUAUUGGGGAAGACUGGGAGAGAAAUGUUUUUAACUGGGAGUAAUGAUACUUUAGUUCAAUUAAGUUCUGGGAAAUAUUUGAAAGGGUUACGGAAAUUUAAGUGGAGGAUUGUUUUUGCUAAUGUUAAGAAUGAUAGAACUGUUGCAUUUUAUAGUGCUUUCAUUACUGACCAUGAUCCAUUUAUUGACACGGGGAAUCAAAUCAAAUAUAGUUUUGAAGAUGAUAUUCCAGGUAAUAAAUAUACGGGGAUUUUGCCAAGAAUUGUCGAUUUGUAUAAAUUAGAUAAAUCAUCAAAACCACCACAAGCUAAAGAGACAAAAACUUUGAAAAAGAGUGCAUUAACUUUGAUAUGGAUUGCUCUUGCAAUGACCUUAGUAUUCCCAAUUGCUCUAUGUAUGAAUCUCGGUGGAACUAUUUACAGUUACAUUGCCGCAUCAAAAUAUAGGAAAAUGAUAGCUAGUGGUGAGGUCAAUGACGUCUUACUAAAAGAGGUUGACAUAUCAAUAUCUGGUAAUUCAGGAUCCUCUAUAGAUACAUUGUCUCCCACCUUUAGCGUUACAGAUAGUUUCAAGACUUAUGUGCAAGAUGUUUAUGGAUCCAUAUUUGAAGAUGAAAUUGAGAAUGCUGAGGACGCUGAUAUUAAUGAUUAUGAAGAGGAUAACGGUUCAUGGAAUUCCUUUAUAGAGAAAUACUCUGAAAUAACAAGCGAUAAUGAUGACAGUUGGGAACAAAAUUUCAAUCGUUUGGAAUUUGAUUCGAAAAGAGAUAUGAUGCUAAAGAAUCUUUCGUCAGUAAAAUGGAUUCGUAUACCAGUGUAUAUAAAGGCAAUUAAUGCACAUGGUGGUAUAGUAGCUAGAAGUGGGUUAGAUAAAACUGGAAGGACUAGUGUGGCAAACGUCGAAUUUGCAGGCCAACUACUAAAUUAUUUACUAAAUCAUUAA